AUGGCCAACUCUCAGUACGAAUACGUCAAGCAAUUCGAACAGCCCGACAGGCUCCUACCCAACACGUGGAUAGUAAUCAGGAUCGACGGUCGAGGCUUCACCAAGUUUGCAAACAAGUACCGCUUCGAGAAGCCCAAUGACAGGCGGGCUCUCGAACUCAUGAACGCAGCCGCUAAGGCAGUCAUGACCGAGCUCCCAGAUAUCACCAUUGCAUACGGAGUUAGCGAUGAAUACAGUUUUGUCUUUCAUAAGACAUGCAGCCUAUUCGACCGCCGUUCCAGCAAACUGGUCUCGACAGUAGUGUCGACCUUCACCGCAUACUACGUCCACUUCUGGCCAACUUACUUCCCGAACAGCCCGUUAUCCCCCCCAUUGCCCAGUUUCGACGGCCGAGCGGUCUGCUACCCGUCGGUGGAGAAUCUUCUGGACUACAUGAGUUGGAGACAGGUUGACUGUCAUAUCAACAAUCUCUACAACACAACAUUCUGGGCGCUCAUCCAACAAGGCGGAAUUGGGGCCACCGAGGCUGAGGAGAGACUGAAGGGAACGCUUGCCUCUGACAAGAAUGAAAUUCUGUUCUCAGAGUUCGGUAUCAACUACAACAACGAGCCUGAAAUCUACAAGAAGGGCAGCGUCGUUUUUAGGGAUUACGAACUGGUGGAGCCAGGCACACAUAACCCUACUGUUGAAGCGGACAGUCUCGCAAAGCCGGUUCAACAGUCCAAGUCGCAGGCUGAAAAGGACAAGAAAAGACGAUCGAAGGCCCGGAUUGUGGUGGAACACGUUGACAUUAUCAAGCCGGAUUUCUGGGAGCGCCGGCCCUGGUUGCUAUCCAACAAGCCGGGCAAGAUCCCGAAGGAGCCUUGAGAAUGGCCCAGCGGGUAUCUCGCCGCCGCCUGACGCUUGGCUUGCCACGACCGCAGCAUGCUCCAAGUCGGCCACGAAACCCAGUGCUCCCACGAAUGACGCGGAGAUUGCGCUGGAAUCGCCGAGCGCGGUUGUCCAGGCGACUCUAGCAGCCGCAGGCCCCACGCACUGCGCGAUGGCGAUCUGGAUCCGUCGUGCCGCUUUCGCAGCGAGGGGGGCAAUGUACCAG